AUGAAGGUGCAGAAACUGAUCUUGGUGGCUACUUGCUUCUACCUUGCAUAUACGCAGCUGGUCGAUGGGCAACCUCGCAACGACUGCCAAACUAGUUGUGGCAACGUCACAAUUGAGUACCCUUUUGGCAUUUCUCAAGGUUGUUACUAUGCCGACGAUCCUAGUUUCAAUCUCACCUGUAACAAAGAGAAGCUAUUCUUUCGACUUAAUCUUGAGGUCAUCAGCAUUUCUCACAGCGGGGAACUACGCGCCAUGAACAAUAUUUCUUACACUUGCUACGAUAGCCAGGGAACUUUGAGUGACGAGGAUUUUUACCUUUACAGGCUGGCUAAUGUAUCUCUCUCCAACAAAAACAAGUUUACUAUAGUAGGCUGUAACGCUUACGCAUAUCUGACCACUUAUGGAAUCCAAAAUUACUCAACUGGAUGCAUAUCAGGAUGUGACUCUCAACCCGCGGCAAAUGGAGGGUGUAAAGGUGCAGGUUGCUGCAGUACAGACGUCUCUGUGCCGUCGGAUAGCAACAGAUUCCGAAUUCGCUCAUUUCGUUUGCAGAACACGACUUCUGUGUAUGACUUCAGUCCUUGCAAAUAUGCCUUUCUCGCCGAAAACGGUACUUUUGACUUCGAUGCUUUGAGAGAUCUUAAGAACCUACGGAAUGUAACUCAGUUCCCUAUGGUACUGGACUGGUCUAUUGGAAACCAGACAUGCGAGCAAGUUGGAAACACAAGCCUAUGCG